GCGGCGGCAGCGGCAGCGGCUCCGCUCCCCUUGGCACCCACCGCUCCUUCCCCAGCCUCUCCCCGCCCCGGGGCGGAGGUCCCGCGUCGGGCGGGUCUGGUCCCCCACUGAGAGGGGGUAGCGGGGCAUCGCAGGGCAUCGCAGGGCGAAGCGCUGACCAUGACGGAGAGCCCGGGUCCAGCUCCGGCUUCGGCCACCAAGCCCAAGCGGGCCAGAGCAGCACGGCGGCCGGCAGCCCACCCCACCUACUCGGACAUGAUCGCGGCUGCCAUCCGGGCUGAGAAGAGCCGCGGAGGUUCCUCACGCCAGUCCAUCCAGAAGUACGUGAAGAGCCACUACAAGGUGGGCCAGAACGCCGACGCCCAGAUCAAGCUCUCCAUUCGACGCCUGCUCGCCACCGGCGUCCUCAAGCAGACCAAAGGCGUCGGUGCCUCCGGCUCUUUCCGUCUGGCCAAGGCCAUCAAGGCGAAGAAGUCCCCGGCCAAGAGAAAGAGAAAGAAGACGGCCAGGAGAUCCACGUCACCCCGCAAAGCGGCUAGGCCCAGGAAAAGCAAGUCUCCGGCAAAGAAGCCCAAAUCUGCUGCCAGGAAAGCCAGGAAGAAGUCAAGGUCCAGCCCGAAGAAAGCCAAGAAGCCAAAGACUGUUAGGGCCAAGUCGUUGAAGUCAUCCAAGCCCAAGAAGGCAAAGCGGUCAAAGCCCAGAGCCAAGUCCAGCGCCCGGAAGUCACCCAAGAAGAAGUGAGAAGCACAGAGGCGUUUCGGUACUCUCCCUGUUGGUUUCUGUAAAUAGCCUUUGCCUUUAUUUUUACCACUUUCUGUCGAAUUUUAUAAAGAAUUGAUCUAUUCUUGUCUGGAAAUAGAUAAAACAAGGCAGUUGAUGAAAGAAAAAAGGAACAUCUUUGGUACGGAGAGUUCCAGUUUUUGAGA